AUGGAGAGGUUGGCGUUGCUCCGCUCCUUUUCGUGCUCCACCACGGCGGGGAGGACUCUCAUUUUCGGGGGUAGAGCGAGGUGCGAUCGUUCGUUUCCCGCCCACUUUAAGCAGAGGCAACAAUUUCACCAGCACCGACAGCUCCGCCACCCCUUGUCGCAACCCAGCGCCGCCCUCCGGCGGAGAUGGGCGGGCGCCGGUGCUUCUCCCGGUCUGAGGAGGGCUUUCUCCUUCUCUCCCCAAGCCGUCUCCACUUCCCCGACGCAGGCGUCACCAGGUGACGUGAGCAAAUACCACUGGCUGUAAACUCUGGGCAGGUUUCGUUGUUCACCCGGAAGCUGCUCACCGAAGGAACUGGUCGCAGCGGACUGCUGCACUUUAAAAUUUGAAGUUCUCUCAUAGGCCAUGUCUCCAUUUCGUCAUUCUCCUCCGUAGAGGUCGGAGAUGUUACCCAUGUCGUUGGGUGGUUGCUAUGAAUCAGUCGCAAGUCCUGUGGCGAGCGAUCUCCAAUCCUUCUUCCUUGUUUUGUUCCAUCUGUGUGCUUAGCCUGGAUUGUUCCCACCACGAAGUCGCACCAGGGGGCUCCCACCCACCAGUGAUUUUUUUUUUUCUCUUCUGUAGUGUUAGUAACUCUAUCAAAACCCUUAGGGAGCCUAUCUCCUCUCUAUCCCCACCAUUUGAAAGUGCGCUUUCUUAGCCUUAACUGGUUUGCUUCACGAGGCAUCAGUGGAUGCAGUUAGAUUUUUCUCACACCGCUAAGGAUAGAUUUUAAGCAUCAUGCUCUGGCCUUUUUGCUAUACAGUUCAUAUUUAUUCUUAAUUGUGGGUCCCUGAUUGUUAUGCUUGAGCUUGGGUCGGUAUAAUUCUUUACUACUAAGCUUGAAAUCAUCAAUGCUAGAGUAAAUAAGGGCAUCAAUGGUAUGACUAGAAACUUCAUUUUGAUCAGAUGAAAUCAUCGAUGUAAUGGUAUGACCAUUACAACAGAUAUGAUCAGAGCAGACAACAUUCAUGAUUCUGAGUCCAGAAAAAAUGUGAUGCCAAGUGCCCAUGUCAAACAAAUUCGUGUGAAGCCCUUACAUUUUGUUUUCCAAGUGCCGAUGUUGAUGUGCUAUAAGGGUUUGGGUAUGGUAGUGUGUUUGCAGAGUUUUAUAUGCCUGGUUCAACAUGGAAUGGAUGAUGAUCUAAGGUGCGCCUGGUCGUGGUGUUGUUUGUGGUUUAUGAAAAUGGUGCCCUGCUUCUUCUGUUUUAAAUAUUUUCUUCUAUUUAAUUUUUUUGUUGUCUGUAAAAGUUUUCCACAUCAACACACUCUCCAAUGUCCAGCAAACUGCUGUGACACUCACCAAUUAGUCACUCUAGUCUUCUGAUAGCCACCAUUGGGGUCGGACCUCAGAGUAACAAAUGUAUAAAGUCUUUACAGAAAUCCAACACAGAUCCCAAAAAAUGUGGUUAAAAAAAUGAUAUAAUCAAUUAAGAUUAUCGGAAGGGAAAGUGGUUACUGUGUGAAUUUCAUGUUGGCCAUUGAAAUUGAGGGUUUAUGUUUGGACACCGUAAUAAUCCUUUCAUUAACACUUAGUUUUGUUCUCUUUAGCAGGUGCAGAUGAAAGCAGUAAUAUUGCUGAGAAGCUAGGGUUUAAAAAGAUAUCAGAGGAAGUCAUAGAUGAAUGCAAGUCAACUGCAGUUCUAUAUAAACACUUGAAGACAGGUGCUGAAAUUAUGUCUGUGAUAAAUGACGACGAGAACAAGGUUUUUGGCAUUGUUUUCCGGACUCCACCGUAAGUAUCAGAAUGCUGUUUUUCUUUGUCUUCCUCCCUUCCCCUCAUGUAUGUAAUAUUCUAUCUUGUACAUGAAUGUCUUCUAUGGUGUGAAUUUAGGAUAGGUCUAUAUUCUCCAUCAAUAUUUUUGCUGUCAUUAAUAUACCUACACAGUACAUGCACUUGUAUUUUAAUCGAGUGGAAAUGCAGGAUCAUUUUAGAUGAAUAUACAAAUAUCUGUGUUCUUUUGUUCUUUGUUGUCUGCAAUUUAGCUUUAUUGAACUGUGAAGUUUUGGGUAAAACAAGUACGACGUUAAUGUCGAAAUAAUUUCAAGCCGGACAAAGUAGUAAAUGGUCCUGAUAGUUUCCAAAGUUGAACUCUGCAGUAGGGUGCCCUCGACAAUGAACUAUGACAUCAUCAGCAGCGGUCAUGAUCUUGCCUUCUAUGAUGUAAAAGGAGCCACCAGUGAUGGAGAUUUUGAGGAACACUACUGGAGGUUAUGGUGAUAGGUGAAAAUGAGUUCUAAAGCAGUUGAGGGAGUCGCUUAAGUCAAGAACAGUAUCUUCAUUUGGGUCUGUGGAGGGCUUGAUAUUGAUAGUUGCACUAAUGUGAGAGAGAAGCGAGCUUGAAUUCACACUUUGAUAGAUAUCGGAUAUUUAUGUCCGCGGAAAUGUGGAUAUGAGAUUGAUGAUGAUGUCCAUUCUCAUAUCUGAAUUGACACCUAGGACCAUGAAUGAGUUAUGUUAGUGAAGAUUCAUCAAAUAGUGAAAACAUUCAGAAAUACAUAUUUAACGGAACCAGUGGUUACUGUGAGUACAUAGCACUUUAAUUUUGUCUCGUCUUGAAUCUGAGUGUUAUUUAAUGGUUAUUGACAGUUAGUAUUUUUGAAAAUUGGAUUUAACUAACAAGGCUGUUGCAAUUAUUUUGAUAGAAUCAGAAUCGAGAAUAGGUUGAGGGAGUGCUAGAUAAGCAUAGAGAGAAAUGAAAUUCUGAAUUAACACUAAAAAAUUGAAAAGAGUAUUGUCUAUAAAUUGUUUUGAUAAAUACGAAAUCAUUAAUUGGAGAGAAACCUGUGAUAUUGCAAUACACGGGUUUCUAGUUAUCUCUCCUCUCUAUUAAUUUAUGGAGAUUCUAUUGAAUCUUAUUAUAUUAGAAUCCAUUUUGUUCUAUUAUAGAUUACAUGUGCUUCCCCUGAAAUGGAGGGACUAAUCGGGAAUGAGGGUUGGAAGUAUACCUCUCUACCAAUCCAGUUGUUCUCGUUCGAUGUGGGCUUAACAAUUUCUGUUGCUCAUUAUUAUUAAUUUGUUGAGUCGAAUGUUGUAGACAGCAGAAGGUAUGAGACAGGAAGCUGUCUAAUUAAAUUAAGAAAGGUCAUUUUCUGUGAGAUAUAUUCAUGGAGAUGGAAAUUGGAAAGCCUUAUGCUCCACUUAGCUUACUGCCACUGUAAAUUUAAGCAGUGGUGGCGUCUCUAGUGUUGAGGGGGGUUUUCAUCAGAAAGUUUAAAUAUGUGGUGGGCGAGUUUCCUCUAGGGAAACGAUUAGGACUUGUUAUCUAUGCUUAGUAGAAGCCUUUGGAUCAUUCUUGAUCUAGUUACGUAUUCUUAUUGGGUCUACAGAAGCUACUCCAAAAAAGUACUGAUCCAAUGCCAUGGCAGAGUCUAGUCCUUUUUGAAGAGGAAUGCCGCCUCUAAGUUUGCAGUGAUAAUGAAGUUGCAACGGUAGCACUUGAAGAACGCAGGCCUUUGGACUAUUUUGAAUGUUUGGAGCUCUCAGAUACUCAGAGGACAGCCUUGUUCAAUAGAAAGAGUGCUCUCUUUCCAUUGAGAAGUACAGAGAGGGUGAGGACCCUUUGUUGUGAGGAAAAGAAAACCUCUAGGAUCUUGGGGCCGUUGGAUGACUAGCUUAGCAGACCAUGUCAUUGUAUAUACUGCAGAGAUGUGUUACUGAGGUGUUUUGAGAGCAUCCUGAAAAUUAAACAAAUUGCAUCUUUCUCGUAUGAAAUUUCACAGAAAAGGUCUUUUGAGGGGAAAAAAACAUUUCUUCAUUGAUGAUCAAUGAUGAGGCUAUUUGUCUGCACUUAUUUUCGAUGUGUAGUAUUGACAUUUCGAUUACUGCAUUACCAGGUAUAUAUGUUUUUCUUUCUCUUGAUGUGCAUUGAACUUCUAAUAUCUGAAAUUUAGACGUGAACUUUUGUUUGUGACCAUGAUAUGUAAAAUGUUAACUUUUCCAUUGCUAAUGUAAUCAUGUGUUGAAGUUUCUUGAUUCCCUGCACGAAUCAGAUUUGUAGGGUGCAGCAUUAACUUUGUAUAUCAUGCUUAAUCCAGGAAGGACUCUACUGGGAUACCUCACAUUCUGGAACAUAGCGUAUUGUGUGGUUCAAGGAAGUACCCUUUGAAAGAACCUUUUGUUGAGUUAUUGAAAGGCAGUUUGCAUACUUUCUUGAAUGCAUUCACCUAUCCUGACAGAACUUGCUAUCCAGUUGCUUCUACAAAUAUAAAGGUGAAUACGGUUACUAUGAUUCUGUUACAGCUGUUUGUACUGUGGUUCGAUUUUUUCUGUACUUUAAUUUAACCUCAAAAUUUUUCUCCAGGAUUUCUACAAUUUGGUUGAUGUGUACCUGGAUGCUGUCUUCUUUCCUAAAUGCGUGGAGGACUUUCAUACAUUUCAACAGGAGGGAUGGCAUUAUGAACUUAAUGAUCCCUCUGAAGAGAUAUCCUUUAAAGGUAUAUAUGGUCACUACUUCACAAUAGAACUCCCCCUUCUAUCAUAUUGAAGAUUGUCCUGUGGAUGAUUCUACUCCAUAUUUCUAUUUUAAAAGUUUAUUGAUUUAAAUUUCAGGUGUGGUUUUUAAUGAAAUGAAAGGGGUUUAUUCACAGCCUGAUAAUAUACUUGGCAGAGUGUGUCAGCAGGCAAGCUUCCUUGAAACCCUUUGUGCAAUUCACAUUAAGACUGCUUUCAUGGAUUUAUUCUGGGGUUUGGCACAGAUCACUAAUGUCAUAGAACUACUAUUUUACCGAUGAAUUUAUUUUACAAAUUUGAUCCUAUGCACAUCAACUUUUUUUUAUCUAGGCCUCACUAGUUCUCUGUGGACUCUGGUUCUAACCGAAUUUUCAGUCUUUUUGGAGUAUGCUGGUUACUUCCCUAUUGUAUCUUUCAUGUGGUUUAUUCUAAAUCAGAAUAAUAGGUUUCUACGCAUGCUCUAGAAAAUGUUUUUCCAUCUUUGCCACACACGUAGUGUACGGAAGGAAACAUUACUUAUUAUCUUUCCGUUUUUUCUUACUUGCCUGGGAUUUUUAUUUCUUGAUAUCAUCUGUAAUAUUGUUGAAAAAUUCAAUCCACGGCUGUGUGCUUUUUAUUAAGUUCCUAUCUAAAUUUUUCUUCUUAUGUUUAAUGUCCUGUAGGCUCUCUUUCCUGAUAAUACAUAUGGUGUUGACAGUGGCGGUGAUCCCAAAGUUAUUCCCAAACUGACUUUCGAAGAAUUCAAGGUGUGCUUCUUGAAAACUUUUCAGUUACAUAUCUUCUGUCUUUUCAGAUAGCGUAUGAUUUCAUUUUUCUAGAUACGUUAGUCUUAAGUCUUAACUUCAUGGGCAUCAUUUAACAGGCUUGUACAUAAAAUUAAUAAGGUACCUCUGUGCGUCAUCACCUGGAUUACAUUUACGAUUAGUUAGUUUAUUGAAAUAAUCUAUGUAUGAUGUCAAGAAUCUAGUGAUUAGCAGAUUAAGGUUGUUUGACGUUUGUGCAAAAUAAUUACUUGGAGUCGGCUUAAUUUCCUGCAAAAUAUAUAGCAAGGUUGGUCUAUUCCUGGGAUUAGAUAAAGUUUGAUCUGUAGUAGUAGGAACAAUACUUUACAUGUGAUUUUACUCACAGUUAUCAAAACUUUACAUUUGAAACUGGAAAAUGACUUUUGAUUGAUGAGUUUAAAUGGUUUCACGGGUUUAUGUAUCUUACUGACUAGAUCUGACCUGAAGCAAAUUUCCAGAUGCCUAAAUUAUGAUGUCCAAAUUGAAUUCUAAGGUUUCUCUCUCUCAAUUUUUUUUGUUGUCGUGUAGGACUUCCACCGUAAGUAUUACCACCCAAGCAACGCAAAAAUAUGGUUCUAUGGAGAUGAUGAUCCGAAUGAACGUUUGCGCAUUUUGAGUGGUAUGUCCUAUCGGUUUGUUGAUUCAUAUAAUCGAAUGCUUUCCUUUGAUUCAUACAAUCUCUCGUAUUCUAGAUUGUCUUUAUACGAACUGGAAGAACUGAUUUUUGCUUUGUUUAACGUCAGUUCUCUAAGAUGGUUCACACCCAAAUUCAUAAACAUAUAAAAUCACUUUUUAUUGAUGGCACUCUGCAUACUACUCCACUGAAUUUGAGGGCACCAUUUGAGAUAACCGAAGAGGGAUUUUAUUGUAUCCUCUAGGAACAUCCUUAAAUCUAGAAGAUGAAAGUUAUGCUAGUGGGCACAAAAGUAGGGUCUUUGACAGCACUUGAGGUGGAAUCUGUCUGAGAAAGGCUAUACAAGAAAUACACAAUCCUCUCAUUGCUCGUUUCAGUAGUUUACGUGGUGAGUGCAAAAUUUUGCUGCAAAUGAAACAUAAAGUUGAUAAUAGGUAUCGAUUGUGUUAUAGGUAUCGAUUCACUUAUUUUCAAAUUCUGAAAACGAAAAGCGGAUCAAGAGCCAUGCAGUGUCCUAAAAAACCAGGAUUAACUUGUUGGUGUGUUCUCCAUGUGCUAUCAUCCUUAUUAACUUGACAAUAUUCUAAUUAUUAUCAAUUGUUGACUAAAGAAUUUCUAAACCAGAUGGGGACAAUCAACUUCACUUAUCAAACUCGUAUGCUCUAUAUUGACUAAUUUCUUCAGUCGUUUGUUUCUUUGUAAAUAAGUUUUGGACUUAGGUCUUCAGUUUGUAGCAGUCUAUGCCAAAGAGCUAUGUUUUAUAUUCCACGAAAUGGAUCCCAUUUGUAUGCAUCUACUACGUUCUUCUUUCCUCCAUGCCUGUAAAUACAAAGUGACCACUCUUCUUGUAGCACUCAUUUCAUUUUUUGGCUUACCAUUUCUUCAGCAUCUUUUCUGGUGUCCUUACAAUAUCAGAUAAAAUAGACGGUGUUGAAGAAAUUCCAUACGCAGUGAUUGUUAAUCACCUCAUUGAAGACAUUAAUCUCCUGAAAGAAUUGAAUUCACCCUUUUGUUGUUGUGUAUGUUUCAUUGAUGAUCACUUAGUAAUUUGGGUUGUUAAAACUUAUCUUUUGCAUCUGGCAAUAAUGUUAAAUGUUUUAUGCUAUCGUUAUGGUAUUUUGUUCAAUUGUAGUGCAUUUGAUAUCAAUUUUAUGGUUUUCUCACGCCUGAAUAUUUCACCUUUUUCGUUGACUAGACGAGGGUUCGCAUUUGUCCUGCAUGAUUUCUUCCUUUAAGAUUUUUGAUUUAAUAAUAUCCGUUGUUGGAUGAUAAUAAAUGAACUUAAUUCAUGACAAAUUAUGGCAGUAGAAUACUUAGUAAUGGGAGUUAUCUCACUAGCAUUUAUUGAUUGUUGGGCGGAUUUUUGGCAAUUAAUGACGGCCUUGAUAUUUUUUCUAUCUUAUGCAGCCAAUCUUGAUCAGUAUGAUAAGAGCCCUGUUUCUAAUGAGUCAAGGAUUGAACCUCAGAAGCUCUUUUCAACGCCAGUUAGGGUAAUGGAGAAAUAUCCUGCUGGUGAAGGUGAUGACAAUAAAAAGAAACACAUGGUCUGCCUGAACUGGUUGCUAUCUGCUGAGACAUUAGAUUUGGAAACUGAACUCGCAAUUGGGUUUUUGGAUCACCUUUUGCUUGGUACACCAGCGUCCCCACUUAGAAGGAUCUUACUUGAAAGCAGGCUGGGAGAUGCAAUUGUUGGUGGUGGAGUGGGAGAUGAGUUACUUCAACCUCAGUUCAGUAUUGGGUUGAAAGGUGUAGCUGAGGAAGAUCUUCAAAAAGUAGAGGAGCUGAUCAUGAGCACACUGAAAAAAUUAGCGGCAGAAGGGUUUGAUUCUGAAGCUGUAGAAGCCUCUAUGAACACUAUUGAGUUUUCCCUCAGGGAGAAUAACACAGGGUCAUUCCCCCGAGGCCUAUCUUUGAUGCUUCGUUCCAUUGUAAGAGAUUCUCUUCAGGCAUGACAUGCAGUACAAAUCCGAUUCUUCUACUUCAAAUUUCAUCUUACUAUUAUUUUCUUUUUGUAGGGAAAAUGGAUAUAUGACAAAGAUCCUUUUGAACCGUUAAAAUAUGAGAAGCCCUUACAGUCUUUGAAAGCCCGGAUAGCUGCAGAAGGCUCUAAGACUGUCUUUUGUCCAUUAAUAGAGAAAUUCAUCCUAAAUAACCCUCAUUGUGUUACAGUUGAAAUGCAGGUAUAUAGGCUCAUGAUGAAUUUAAGAAUAAGCAUCUCAGUUUAGUUUGUGUGCUUAUCAGAACGUUUUGUUUCUCAGCCGGAUCCUGAGAUAGCAUCUCAAGAGGAAGCAGCUGAACGACAGAUCCUUGAAAAUGUGAAGUCAAGUAUGACACAAGAGGAUCUUGCGGAGCUUGCACGUGCUACUCAGGAGCUGCGUUUGAGGCAGGAAACACCAGACUCACCAGAGGCUUUGAAAUGUGUUCCCAGUCUUUCUCUUGAUGAUAUCCCCAGGAAACCUAUACAAGUUCCGACGGAGGUAAAAUAAAGUUUCUGAUUCCAAGCUUAAUACUUGAAGAUAUGAUUGAACAUACAAGUUUAUCCAUCUCCUCUCGAGGAAAGAAGAGAUCUGUGUUUAUACUUUGUUUCUAAGCAACGAGAAGAAAGCUGAGUAUGCUUGGUACAUAAUGCAGAGCGUUUUGUUCACGUUUUUGGAGUUGAUGUUCUAAGUUCUUUUCUCAUGCUUAUGCAUUCCUGUUACCUAGGAUUUGAUUCUGACUAAGGUUAUUAACACGCUGUCACAUUUUUUGUGACUGUAGAUUGCAGAAGUCAACGGAGUGAAAGUUUUGCAGCAUGAUCUUUUUACGAAUGAUGUUCUAUACGCGGAGGUUGUAUUUGAUUUGCGCCAUUUGAAGCAAGAUCUUCUUCCACUGAUACCCUUAUUUUGGUGAGAAAUGUUUCAAUUAAUGUUAUUAUUUACAUAGAAGAGUUCAACUCCUGGUGUUUUUCAGUUUGCAUUCUACCCUCAAAAUCACAUUGUAUUCGUUUUUGAUUUGUAGUUAAUGCUUAAUGGUGUUUGACAGUCAAUCUUUGCUCGAAAUGGGAACAAAAGACCUUGACUUUGUUCAGCUGAACCAACUAAUUGGAAGAAAAACCGGGGGUAUAUCAAUUUAUCCUUUCACUUCAUCUGUGAGAGGGAAAGCAGAACCAUGCAGUCAUGUCAUUGUCCGUGGUAAGGCGAUGGGAGGACGGGUGGAGGAUCUAUUUAACCUGGUAUUUUACUAUCUCUAUUGUUGUUUACUAUUAUUCUCAGCUUCUUUUCUUAAUUUCAUUCAAGAAGCAGGUUUAUUCAUUUUAUAAUACGGGAAUGAAUGGCAUAUCUCUAGUGAGUAAUGAAUGUCUCAAUGAUCUGUAGACGAGGGGGGACAUUGUCAGACUCUGCCCAUUGCAGGAGGACAAUGAUGCGGGAGAUCAUGUUCAGCAUCCUAAUUAUAGGGGUUACAUGAGGCUUUUAAAGGGGCUCUCUUAGAUCUGGCUUGGAAAUGCCAACCGUUCCCAUGAUUAAUAGUCUGAAAUUUCGGCCUUAAAAAUAGUGAAAAGGGUUGGGAUGCACUCGGGGCUUCAGUAGUUAUGGAUGGUGGAUGUCCAUGCACGUUGGUUGGCUAGUUUGGAAACUUUCUAAAGCACCAAAGGCAAAGUUCAUGAUGUAGAGAGGUGGUCCAACUGAGGUUUCUUCUGUUGUGUUCUAUCAAGAAAAUUAUCUCCGCAUGAUUUCUGGAUUCUUAUUGUAGGGUAUUGAUAUCAUUAAUGAAAUUUGUAUCGUUACGAAUUUAAUCACUUAUAUAUGAUUGUUUCGACAAUAAUGCAUGCUAGAUCUGCUAAAAAGUGUAGAAAAUGGAAUAAGCUGUACCUGGUGAGGUGAUCGUAGGCUUGUAGCUGUAGCACUUAUAGAGACCUCAGAAAAAAGUGCGAGUCCUGAAACUACUUUUGAUAAACUUCAAUCGAAAUCGUCCUGCAACAUUUUGGUGUCACAGACGAGAUGGAGGACUUUAUUUCAUCUAAGCAAUCACAAUACAGUUGAUACCCUUUUCAUGGCAUCAACUCUUCAUUAGUUUACCUAAUUGGGUGUUUCCAUAACAACAAAACUAUUGCAUUAUCUUUUCCAGAUUAACAGGUAAAUUCAAAUAUCUGGAAGAAGCCUAUAAAAUGAUGCUUUCAUUCUCAUGCUUCUGCAAAAAUCACGGAUGGUCAUCCUUCGAACAUCAAAUUAAAAUUUUAUUUGGCCAGCCCAAUGCCCAUAUUGAGACUUUUCAUGUGUCUAUCUUUCCAUGAGUGUCAACUAAUUCUUUUUACUGUAAAAGAUCCGUCUUUUUAUUAAAAGCUGUGGUGCUCAGGUUAAAAACCAUAAGUUGAAAAACUUCACUUCUUAGGACCCUUUCAAUGAUACUCUAAUGGGCUUUUCUGUCAUUUGUGGACAAUCGGGGAGAUUUCUGUCGGUUAUGGGUCUGGAAGAUUAUUGUUAGGGCAGACCUCAGGCAUUAUUGAAUGAUAUAGGAUAUUAUGUGUCAAAUGCAGUGGCUCCCACUCUCCAAUUUGUGUAGCAUUUGGUUGGCCUUGGUCUAGCAAGGGCUAAACAGCCUGAUGAUUCCAGAAGACAUCUGAUGCUGGUGAUUUUGAGCCAUUUUAGUAGACUCUGUUGUUUUACUCUAUCCUUUUUUAAUUUAGGUUAAUUAAAGAUAUAGUCAACUGUGUUGACUUGUUUCGUCAUGUUAUGCUCUUUGCAUUUUGAGUGGCAACUACCAACCUACUGUACCAUUUUCUUAAAAUGUCAGUACUGUUUGGCUCUUGCAGAUCAGGUGUAUCCUCCAGGAUGUUCAGUUCACAGACCAACAGCGUUUCAAGCAAUUCGUUUCCCAAAGUAAAGCCAGAAUGGAGGUAAUCUCAGACACCCUUUCGGUAGACAGAGGCUUUCCCGACUUCCAUUAUAUCUUACAGGAACUACUUUUUGGAUUUGUAGAGCCGUCUGAGAGGCAGUGGUCAUGCCAUUGCAGCUGCAAGGAUGGAUGCUAAACUGAAUGCUGCGGGAUGGAUAUCUGAGCAGUUUGGUGGAAUUAGGUUAGCUGAUUUCUUAGAUUGGGUUUUUAGUUCAUGUUUGUGCAUGUUUAAUGGUGCUAGUUUUUCUUUGACUAAUAGUGCUGAAACGAAGAAAAAAAUAUAUUCGUCUUUUUGAGUGUUGUUCUGAGAGAAAAGCUUGAUAAAAUACUGAAUGUUGAUCCUCUGCCAAGAGAGCCUUUUGGACUACAUUGGAUAUUGACAUAUGCCGAGAUAUAAGCUGUUGUACUUCAUGUUGAUGAUCUAUCUAUAUUUACUUUUGUUCAUCAAUUUUUUUUUUCUAUCGCUGGUUGUAGAUGUGGCUAUGCUGGGUGAGAAACCUUGAGUAAUGACUUACUUUCUGCAGAGGUAGACUGACCUUAAAACUAUAGUUGACAAAGUAUGAUGUAUUAACUGAUAUAUUAGUGAAUUUAAAUUUUUCUUAUCUUUGGCCACAGCUUAUUACAGUGAUGUAACAGAGCUGUUGGACAUAAUGCUUGCUUAAAUUAUUUUAUUCUAAAGCUUAUUAGUUGGUGACAUGAAAAAAAUAUUUUCUUUGCAUGCGUGCGACAUGAAGUUAUUCUAUUGUGGAAAGGAUGCUUAUGAUGUUUCCCCUCCUCUUAUUUGCUCAGUUAUUUAGAGUUCUUACAAGACCUUGAGAAGAAGGUUGAUAAAGAAUGGUCCGAAAUUUCUUCUUCACUGGAUGCGAUACGUAGUUGUCUUCUCUCGAGGGAAGGUUGCAUAGUCAAUAUGACAGCAGAUGGGAAGAUACUUACAGAGUCAAGAAAAUACCUUGCUGGGUUCAUUGAUGCCAUUCCAAGCGCACCAUCCCCGGGGGCUACCUCCUGGAGUUCUCUUCUUUCACCCAUCAAUGAAGCCAUCGUUGUUCCCACUCAGGUUCCAUUCAUUUUGGAAAUUCUCAGCGGUGCCCAUGGUAACAUUUAUUAGAUAUGAGAUGUUUUCCUCGUGCACUUUCAGGUUAAUUACGUUGGAAAAGCUGCCAACAUUUAUGAGUCUGGGUAUCAGCUCCACGGGAGUUCAUAUGUCAUUUCAAAGUACAUUGGAAACACCUGGUUGUGGGACCGUGUCCGAGUGAGUGGGGGUGCAUAUGGUGGCUUCUGUGAUUUUGACACUCAUUCUGGUAUGUGAUUGCUAUUUUCCAUUGCAUGCAGAUGAAUUUUUGAUCCACUUUGCUCAGUUUAUUGGGUUACCUUCCCCUUAUUUCCUAUUGGUUUAUUUUUUUUUGCAGGAGUUUUCUCAUAUCUGUCCUACCGUGAUCCAAACCUGUUAAAGACACUCGAUGUGUACGAUGCAACUGCAAAUUUUCUCCGUGAGCUAGAGUUGGACGACGAUACUCUCACCAAGGCAAUCAUUGGGACAAUCGGAGAUGUGGAUUCAUAUCAGCUACCUGAUGCAAAGGGUUACAGCAGGUGAGAGUUUCUUCUCUACUCACUUGAUGGAAGUCUUUAGUUGCCAUCUAUAUCUGGCUGCAAAGUUCCAACAUUUUUUAAACAAGAGAGGAAAGCAUCUCACAACAGGAUUCGUCCUAUCUUGAGAAACAUAGAACCCUUUGCAACGCAGGUUAUGAGUUCUCAAGUGACAUAGUAGGCUACCUCAUAAGUUUCAAAGUAAUGGGUGAUGAUCGCCAUGAAACCGAGCUUAAACCAUGUGAUAAAUCACAUGAGAGGAUCUCUCAGCAGGCCAUCUAGGUGUGGUUGUGAUCCUUAGUAAUGUAGGCUUGUAAGUCUCACAUAAUAAAAUCUACACAUUUGGACACCAAAUUUUGUGGCAAUAGUGUUGUUAUCUUCUCAACUCUUUGUAUUCCAUGGAUCUCAUGCACAGCUUGUCAAAUGAUGAUAACAUUAUGGUUGAGUUUUCAGUCUGAUGAGGCACUUGCUGGGCAUCACAGAGGAGGAGAGGCAGAUUAGGCGUGAAGAAAUCUUGUCGACUAGGUAAGUCAGCCUCCAGCGAGGGAAUGGCAUUGCCUUAGCAACUGGGAUCUCACUGGGUAUCUCACCUUGCAGCGUGAAGCACUUCAGGGAGUUUGCAGAUGUCAUUGAGGUAGUGAAAGAUAAAGGAAUUGUGGUAGCCGUGGCAUCUGCUGACGAUGUGGCCAAGGCAAAUGAGGAGAAGGGCGGGUUCUUUGAAGUCAAGAAGGUUCUGUGA